AUAUUAGGGAGCUAAAGUUGAUUAUUGCCUACUAUAAAUUAAAAAAAAAGGCCUGCUUAGCUGUUCAGACUCCUCAAGCCUUUCAUAUACAGAAUAAGAACAGAAAAACCUCUGUUAUUUCCUCCCUCUCCCUUUUUCUCUCUGCUUGAAGAUUUGAACACCGGAAGGGGGAUUCGGAGUCUAAGAGGGCUGAAAACAUGAGCGUAAUUGAUUUACUGACUCGUGUCGAUGCGAUCUGCAAGAAGUACGACAAAUACGAUGUCACGCAGAAGGAUUCCACCAUCUCCGGCGAGGACGCCUUCGCCCGCCUCUACGCCGCCGUAGAGUCUGACAUCGAGGAAGCGCUCCAGAAAGCGGAGACAGCUGCGAAUGAGAAGAGUAGGGCGUCGGCUGUAGCGAUCAACGCCGAACUUCGGAGGACCAAGGCUAGAUUGCUCGAAGAAGUUCCUAAAUUGCAGCGUUUAGCUGUUAAGAAGGUUAAAGGACUUUCAACAGAAGAACUUACUGCCCGUAACGAUCUGGUCCAUGUCUUGCCUGAUAGGAUUCAAGCCAUACCGGAUGGGUCUGCAGCUCCACCCAAAUCAUCUGGGGGUUGGGGAACGUCAGCUUCAGCUCCUCGUACAGAAAUAAAAUUUGAUUCAGAUGGAAAGUUCGACAAUGAAUACUUUCAGAAUACUGAAGAAUCAAGUGGUUUCAGGCAAGAGUAUGAGAUGCGGAAAAUGAAUCAGGACCAAGGAUUGGACGUCAUAGCAGAAGGUUUGGGUACACUAAAGAACAUGGCCCAAGAUAUGAAUGAGGAAUUGGACAGGCAGGUUCCUCUUAUGGAUGAGAUUGACACUAAGGUGGACAAGGCAACAUCCGAUCUGAAAAAUACCAAUGUCAGAUUGAAGCACACUGUUAAUCAGCUGAGAUCUAGUCGAAACUUCUGCAUCGACAUCAUUUUGCUGUGUAUUAUUCUUGGAAUAGCAGCCUAUCUAUACAAUGUCUUGAAGAAAUGAAAUUGGCUCGACCGUUCAUCCUUUUUCUGUUUCGAGUAUGCUCGUUGCUUUAGUGAAGGGUGCUGCUGCUGUAUGUGGUUGGUUUGUGUUACUGAUCGGCAUAUGUGUGUGUGUAUUUCUUUGUUUGUUUCAUGUUGCGGGAGAGAAAUGGUUACUGGUGUUCUAUAUAAUACCUGUUUGUAUAAUUAAUUCUUGAUCUAGUUCAAUCAUUCCAUUCAGCUUCUGUAAAUCUGGGAAAUUUCAUUUUUUGAUUGGUUGCUUGAGAUCUUUUCA